AUGAUCACAUAUAAAUAUCGUAAAUUUAAAGGUAUGAUCUUGCUUUUCGUGCUAUCAAAGGUGGCAAUCUUCAAAGCUGUCUCCGUGUUUCUUAUGAUGACGUUCUUCCAAAAACUUUUCACUAUUGGAGGAGUACUGUUUAGAUAUUUCAUGAAAACUAAAAUGGAGAAGCCCCCACCAACAUAUGGUGCACCACAAAAUUAUGACACAGUCGGCUAUAGUUAUGGACCACCUGAACACGAGAGUCUUCAUCAAAAUGGGUACCCUGGUGUAGAUGUUGCCAGUUCUUUUGAUUGGCUUUUGAAUAAACAUGUUAAG